AUGCCGCUCUCGAGAGAUGCGCUUUUGAUCUACUGGCUCCAGUUGUCUCACUAUUUCCUCGAGUUUUACGCCACUCUUCGAGUGAACACAAAACGGGCGGAUUACAUAGCCCAUGUGGUGCAUCAUUUUGUUACCAUCGCUCUAUUGGUCGGUUCAUUCUCGAUGCGAUUUUUCUAUAUCGGGGUUUUUGUCCUAUUCUUGCACGAUGUAUCGGAUGUACUUCUGGAGGCCACAAAAUUGAACGUGUAUUUCCGCGAACGUGGUGGAAAAACUCACAGAUUGAACAAAAUAUUGGCCGACAUCGGUUUCCUGGCCUUCACAUUUUCCUGGGCAUUGUGUCGUUUGUACUGGUAUCCUGUGAAAGUGUUGUACGCAUGUGGUUGGUGUGCUGUUUUUCACCACGGUUGUGUGGAUCCCAAUAUUUUCUGGCCAUUUAAUGGACUAUUGUGGAUCCUUCUAGUACUCCACAUCUACUGGUUCGGGGUAAGUGAAUGUGUGGCCAUGUAA